UUUCUUCUUUUUUCUUUUAAUUGGCUCGGUCCAUUUGAAACCGGCUGAGAAAUCCCCCUAAACAUGGCGAGUGAUUCUCCAGCUCGGAGCCUGGACGAGAUAGAUCUAUCAGCGUUAAGGGAUCCUGCAGGCAUCUUUGAACUAGUUGAACUUGUUGGCAAUGGCACCUAUGGGCAAGUCUAUAAGGGUCGCCAUGUCAAAACAGGACAGCUUGCAGCUAUUAAAGUCAUGGAUGUCACCGGGGAUGAAGAGGAAGAGAUUAAGCAAGAAAUUAACAUGCUAAAGAAAUAUUCGCAUCACCGAAAUAUUGCUACUUACUAUGGUGCUUUCAUUAAGAAGAACCCCCCAGGAAUGGAUGAUCAGCUUUGGCUGGUGAUGGAGUUUUGUGGUGCUGGCUCUGUCACUGAUCUGAUCAAGAACACAAAAGGGAACACUUUGAAGGAGGAGUGGAUUGCCUACAUCUGCAGGGAGAUUUUACGGGGUUUAAGCCAUCUCCACCAACAUAAAGUAAUCCAUCGAGAUAUUAAAGGACAAAACGUUUUGCUGACAGAAAACGCAGAAGUUAAACUAGUGGAUUUCGGAGUCAGCGCUCAGCUUGACAGAACAGUUGGCAGAAGAAAUACAUUCAUCGGAACUCCAUACUGGAUGGCCCCCGAGGUUAUAGCCUGUGACGAAAACCCUGAUGCCACUUACGACUUCAAGAGCGAUUUGUGGUCUUUGGGGAUAACAGCCAUCGAGAUGGCAGAAGGAGCUCCUCCCCUUUGUGACAUGCAUCCCAUGAGAGCUUUAUUCCUCAUUCCUCGGAACCCAGCCCCCAGGUUGAAAUCAAAGAAAUGGUCAAAAAAGUUCCAGUCCUUCAUUGAAAGCUGCUUGGUAAAGAAUCAUGGUCAGAGACCAACCACCGAACAGCUGAUGAAGCAUCCAUUCAUUCGAGACCAGCCUAAUGAAAGGCAGGUUCGCAUCCAGCUCAAGGACCAUAUUGACAGGACUAAGAAAAAACGUGGAGAGAAAGAUGAGACUGAAUACGAAUAUAGUGGAAGUGAAGAGGAAGAGGAAGAAAACGACUCUGGAGAACCCAGCUCUAUCCUAAACCUUCCUGGAGAGUCAACAUUAAGACGAGAUUUUCUGAGGCUACAGCUCGCAAACAAGGAGCGCUCAGAAGCCCUUCGUCGGCAGCAGCUGGAGCAGCAGCAACGUGAGAACGAGGAACACAAGCGGCAGUUGUUGGCAGAGCGGCAAAAGAGGAUCGAGGAACAGAAAGAACAGAGGCGGAGGUUGGAAGAGCAGCAAAGGAGGGAGAAGGAAUUAAGGAAACAGCAAGAGAGGGAGCAGCGACGGCAUUAUGAGGAGCAAAUGCGCCGAGAAGAGGAGAGGAGGCGUGCCGAGCAUGAGCAGGAAUACAUCAGGCGACAGUUAGAGGAAGAACAGAGGCAGUUAGAGAUCCUGCAGCAGCAAUUACUGCAGGAGCAAGCUCUACUUCUGGAAUAUAAGCGCAAGCAAUUAGAAGAGCAACGGCAGGCAGAGAGGCUACAGCGGCAGUUGCAACAGGAGCGGGAUUACCUGGUCUCCCUGCAACAACAGCAGCAACAACAGCAGAGGCAGGACCAGAGACCAGCAGAGAAGAAGCCCCUUUACCAUUACAAGGAAGGGCUAAAUGCCAGUGAGAAGCCAGCGUGGGCAAAGGAGGUGGAGGAACGUUCCAGGCUCAACCGGCAGAGUUCUCCAGCAAUGCCUCACAAGGUGGCCAACAGGAUAUCAGAUCCAAACCUGCCUCCUCGAUCAGAGUCCUUUAGCAUUAGUGGGGUGCAGCCUGCUCGGACGCCGCCCAUGCUCAGACCAGUGGAUCCACAGAUUCCACAUCUGGUCAGUGUGAAAUCCCAAGGACCUUCCUUGCCUGCCUCACAGUCACUGCAUGAACAGCCCACAAAGGGAAUGGCUGGGUUUCAGGAGGCUCUGACGGUGACCUCUCACCGCACUGAGAUGCCAAGGCAGAACUCGGACCCCACCUCCGAAAACCCUCCUCUCCCCCCUCGUGUUGAAAAGUUUGACCGAAGUUCUUGGUUACGACAGGAGGAAGACAUUCCACCAAAGGUGCCUCAGCGAACUACUUCCAUCUCACCUGCAUUAGCUCGGAAGAACUCUCCAGGGAAUGGUAAUGCACUAGGACCUCGACUAGGAUCACAGCCGAUAAGGGCAAGUAACCCUGACCUACGAAGAACAGAGCCUAUAAUAGAAAACCCUUUACAGAGGACAAGCAGUGGCAGCUCUUCCAGCUCAAGCACCCCCAGCUCACAGCCCAGUUCCCAAGCAGGCUCCCAACCUGGAUCCCAAGCUGGUUCUAGUGAACGUAACAGAGUCAGAGGAAAUGCCAAGCCCGAAGUUUCGCCCAUCCUUCCUCACGAGCCAGCUAAGAUAAAACAGGAAGACAGCAAGGACAUGACGCGACCAAGCCGACCUGCUCAUGAUCUGACGGCCUUAGCGAAAGAACUGAGGGAGCUGCGUAUUGAAGAAACCAACCGGCCUUUGAAGAAAGUUACAGACUAUUCCUCCUCCAGCGAGGAGUCUGAAAGCAGCGAAGAGGAAGAGGAAGAUGGCGAGAGUGAAACGCAAGAUGGGACCGUGCCUGUCAGUGAUAUUCCAAGGCUUAUCCCAACAGGAAUGCCGGGAAACAAUGAGGCCUACAACCUAGGAAUGGUGUCAAGCCACGUUCUAGAACCGCCCCAUACAGAUACGUUUAGCAGCAUUUCCAGAGAAGGGACUUUAAUGAUAAGGGAGACUUCUGGGGACAAAAAGCGCUCUGGCCACACAGCCAGCAAUGGCUUUGCCGGCCAUGUCAAUCUUCCAGAUUUGGUGCAACAGAGCCACUCACCUGCCAGCACACCAACUGAGGGUCUGGGCCGAGCCUCCACCCAUGGUCAGGAGAUGGACUCAGUGGCAGAAUAUGGAAUGGGAAGUAGCACAAAAGCAUCUUUCACUCCAUUUGUGGAUACCAGAGUAUUUCAGACCUCCCCUACAGAUGAAGAUGAGGACGAUGAUGAGGAAUCAUCUGCCACAGCAUUAUUUACUAGUGAGCUGCUGAGGCAAGAACAGGCCAAACUUAAUGAAGCAAGGAAAAUUUCUGUAGUAAAUGUGAAUCCCACCAACAUUCGUCCUCAUAGCGACACACCAGAGAUCCGAAAGUACAAGAAGCGCUUCAAUUCUGAAAUCCUUUGUGCUGCUCUGUGGGGUGUGAACUUACUGGUGGGAACAGAGAACGGGCUCAUGCUAUUGGACCGCAGCGGACAAGGGAAGGUGUACAACCUGAUCAACAGGAGGCGGUUCCAACAGAUGGAUGUGCUAGAAGGACUCAAUGUCCUUGUAACAAUCUCAGGAAAGAAGAACAAGCUACGAGUGUAUUAUCUUUCAUGGUUGAGAAACAGAAUAUUACACAAUGACCCUGAAGUAGAAAAGAAGCAAGGCUGGAUCACUGUAGGAGAUUUGGAAGGCUGCAUACAUUACAAAGUUGUGAAAUAUGAGAGAAUCAAGUUCUUGGUGAUUGCCUUAAAGAAUGCUGUAGAGAUAUAUGCUUGGGCUCCUAAACCAUAUCACAAGUUUAUGGCAUUUAAGUCUUUUGCAGAUCUCCAGCACAAACCAUUGCUUGUUGACCUCACAGUAGAAGAAGGUCAGAGGUUAAAAGUCAUCUUUGGAUCACACACUGGUUUCCAUGUUAUCGAUGUGGAUUCGGGGAAUUCGUACGAUAUCUAUAUACCAUCUCAUAUUCAGGGCAAUAUCACACCUCACGCCAUUGUCAUCUUGCCCAAAACGGAUGGAAUGGAGAUGCUUGUGUGCUAUGAGGACGAAGGGGUGUACGUUAAUACCUAUGGACGCAUAACGAAAGACGUGGUACUCCAGUGGGGAGAAAUGCCCACUUCAGUAGCCUACAUCCACUCCAAUCAAAUAAUGGGCUGGGGCGAGAAAGCGAUUGAGAUACGAUCGGUGGAGACUGGGCAUUUGGACGGAGUAUUCAUGCACAAGCGUGCUCAGCGGUUAAAAUUUUUAUGUGAAAGAAACGAUAAGGUAUUUUUCGCCUCUGUGAGAUCUGGAGGAAGUAGUCAAGUUUUUUUCAUGACACUCAACAGAAAUUCCAUGAUGAACUGGUAACAAGAGGGCCCUCGGGUGCUGACUUUGACACCAAGAUUUUUUUAAGUUUGAAGAGCAUUGGAACGUGUGGACUAACACUGUAGAGGCAGGUGAAGAAGAUAAUUGUGGAACACGUUGCUUCCUUCUGUGAACACACUCGCACUCACGCAGACACGCUCCAAGAAUACGACACACCUUUCUUGUUGUGGUUUAGGAAUGGAGGUUUACUCAAGGUCACAAGAAUGCAACACUGUAUUUGGGCAGAGAUGGACAAAUGCGCAAGAGUUUUAGCAGAAUAAAUCUCUUGGAAGUCUUCAGUUGAAACUGUGAUAGAGCUGUGGGUCACACUGUUUCAUUUUGUUUUUUAAACAUUUUCCUUGUCCCUCUAUUUGUACAAAUGGGGACAGAUCUAAGUGUCAAGCAGAGUCUCUGUUUUUAAUUUUGUCUGCCUGCUAGCAUCGAAUAUAUAGUAUGUUGUAAGGUUACCAAUUAAAACUGGUGAGAGACAGCACAAUAAAUGUAUCAUUUUAUCUUUGUGUUGGGAGGCUUUAACCAUAGAGAUGGUUAACUUUUGUAAAAUCUUUUGCCUUUUCCAACAUUUCUGUUUUACUUUUGCAAACAGGUCGACAAAUUUCAAACGAGAGAAUGAAUUAGAUCCACUACCACCCCGAACCCUUCCUUUUGGGAAAUCUAUUCUGAAUGGCUAACCAACUAGCCUUAGAUUAUAAUACAGUCAAGGUACAAAUAUAUUUUUCUUGUCAACCUGUCAGUCUAUACUUCAGUAUGGAUCUUCAUAUAAUGGUGCUCAUUGAGAGAAAAAGCGGUGCCAUCCUUGGCAAUCAUUCCCAACUUUGGCCUUAGCAUUUUCUUGCCUUUCUCUAAGCUGUAAUACGGAAAGUAUCACAAUAAAAUUGCAGGUUGAGAAACGAAUUGAAAUAGAGCAAGAUUCUGAAGAUUGGCUGGAAAGUGUACCUAACUGCAUCCAACUUGGAUGCAUUGAGCCUAGGUCCAACCUACUCUGUACAGUUGUAAUUUGCUUUUCGGGGAAGGGGCGGGGAUGAUCCUUGUAGAUACUGGUGUGUGUUUUUUCCCUUCAUUAAAAUCUCCAGGAGCCAACAGCAUUUAAUCCUUUGGAAAACGGAAGCCCCAGUUGUUGAUGGACAUUCGCCCACUUCCUUGUCUGAUGGUGUCCUGUUUUCCGAAUAUGAAAAAACUUCAUGAGAUCUUCAUCCCGUGGUGCAAAGAAUAGGAACAUUGCAAAAGUGAGAGAUAGCAGAUUGGAAGGACAGUUUUGUUGGCCUAGGACCUGACACUUAGAUUCAUCUUUCUGCCUGUCCCUCUUUGCUGCCCACCUAUAUAGUGAACACCAAUAUGUGUGCAGAUGUAUGUAUUUAGUUUGGGUUAACCUGUGUCCUUAUAUGCUUUGUUUGAAUUAAUUCCAGUUUUAAGGAAGUUAUGUGCAACAUUUCUACUAUCUCCAAGCAUGGAUUCCCCAUUAGUCAAUGGAUGUAACAUAAUUGGAUCUGUGUUGCUGUUUUUAACCUACCUCAUUUUAUUUUUGUUUCAGUUAGCUUUUCCUCAUUAGCUCCAGCAGACACCCAGGGAGUUUGACUGGCCAGCUUCAAAGUAUUAAACAAGAACAGUGUCUUAAGUAAUUAGCAGUGUUUGGCCAGUUCAGGCCUCUUUAAAAAGCAGAAAAGGACUCUCCUGCUGCCUUCUUCCAGUUUUUCCUUCAGUGGUUCCACAGUUCCCGUCGUACAGGCCAAUUGAUACCGCCAAUGGCCACAAUAUGCAUUGGCUGCCAGCAGAUUUGUAAUAGGGUUAGACUCAUGCCAAUGCACGGCUGGCAUGAACCAGAGCCGUGUUGCGGAAGCCGCCAUAAUUCGCCCAAUCGCAGUGGCUCAGAAAGAGUCGCUAUAACUGUGCCAAUCCCAGGGGCUGUGUGUACAGCCCCCACAUGGAGACAUGAUCCCAGCAGGUUUGCCACAAUCUUCCUUCUUUCUGUGUUCAACCUGAAGGGAGCCCACAUCGGUGCCCUACCCCAUGCCCUACCUCAUUACUUAAUGAUACACUGGUGUAUCAGGCUAAGUUUGCUUCUCCGUAGGAUUUGAGCCCAGUUGGAGUCCUGCUAUGAUGCAGCUAUCCAAGACUGCCUGCUUGAACAGUGCACCCUUGUCUUGCUUCUUACGCCAAUAUCCCUUUAAGAGCUCCUUGUGUUUGGUGGCUCUCCCCAAAAAGAAAUAGGGCAGGGAGAAUCAUUGGCAUCCAUCUUUGUAGAAAGAUACCGUUUUUGUUUCAAGCCCAGGAGUGAGGCUGCGAAGCUGGUUCCAGCCACUUGCUCUCCACUGCAUUCACAAAAGGGGUAAUAAUUAAGAGUUGUCUCCAAAGCUGUUCUUACACAGAGUAGACCCAUUAAAUUUAAUAGACAUGGCUAACUUCAGUCCAUUAAUUUCAGUGGGUCUGCUCUGUGUAAAACUUAGUUGGAUGCAACCAACUGGAUUUUUAUUUUUGCGUUUGGAAUCUGCAGCCCUCUUACAUUAACCUCUAAACAACAAAUUACUAAUUUGCAGUCUAAGUAAAUAUUUCCAUUAGCUAACUUAAUAAGCCUAAUCUAUGCAUAAUGAAAAUGAGUAACCUCAAACAAUACACUUUGACCCCAUUGUUUUUUUCAAAGCCUUUCCUUCCAACACAGACAAGCGUUCAUCCCAUAGUCUCGCUUGCUGCUCUUGCAACGCAAGUGGCCUAUUUUCAGCACCUUCCAUCCUGAUAAAGCUUUUACCAAAUAAAUUGAUGGCUGAAGAUUAGUUGAUUCUGUUCACAACACUGGGAUUUAUGCAGACCCCACCAGAAGGCUAGUGCAGAGAAUCGCAACACUGGGCACAUAAUUGUUCAUGUUGCCAUCUUACUGACUCCUUUACAUAGGUUAACAAGAACGCAACCGGGUGACAGUUUAAUUAUUUGAGAGUUUAAUUAUUUGAGCUCUGAUCUUUGACCAGUCUUUUUUCUCCAGUUCCCACUCCCAGCACAUAUGAAAGAAAAUAUUCUAGUUCUUUCCACAUUUCUAGUAUCCCAAUGAGUAAUUCGUAUUAACCCUUUGUAUUCCGACAGGUCAUGUACCACCUGCCCAUCAAUUCAUAACAAUUUUCUCUUAUCGUCGUUGUCAAUGAAAAUCUAUGUGUGUUUUUUGCCAAUUAAAUUUUUUAUUGAAUUUCA